UGCAACUGCUUUAAAAAUCAGUGAAAAGCUCAUCAACAUGCUCAACAAGAUCUCAGAUGAAAAUGGAAGAUGGAAAACAAUCUUACUCCUCUAUCCAUGCCUAGCUAGCUCUUGUUUUUAGGUUGGAUCAUUUUAAUUGGGAUUCAUGAUCAUGAUGAAGUACUGUUUAGGACGAUUGCAGAGACGUCGACAAUGCAUGCCAAUGGAUUUAGCAGCAGCAGAUCAGGAGGCUGACUUUAAAUUAGGGUCAUUGGCUGAUCGGGUGACAUCUCUUGAACAUAGGUUUUGUCAGCUAUGCCUAGAGAUGCAAUCUAGCAGCAGCAUAUCAACACUUGGUGACAGUUGUUCAACCCAAGGAAUGAUCAAGAUAAAAUCGUCUUCCUCACUCCCAACUUUCAACAUUCCCAUCCAUGGAGAUCAGAGAUCUCAUGUAUCCCAUGUUGCUUUGAGUAGUAGGCCAUUAGAAAUCCAGCAGGAAAAUCCUAAUUAUGGAGUGCCAAAAAAGUUGAAGCAUGCAAUUAGUCCUGAUUCCAAUAAGCAGCGCCUUGGGAACACUACUACUUGGGCCGAUAAGGAUGAUCAUGAUCAGAAGAAAUGCAAAAGCCGGAAAAAGAAUAAGAAGAAGAAAGGACUUUCACCAAAUCGGCCACGCUUGAAAAUAUUUGGCUGUUAAUCAUCCAUCUAUUUCUUUUAUUUAUCUAUUUUCAUUUCAUUAAAUCUAUUAAUGCUACGAUAUUAAUCUCAUUAACCUAUUUUUUCUUAUUAUAUAUAUAUAUAUAUUU